CCGACUCGCUCCAUAUAGUGUAGGCCUAUGUAUUAUCCACUUCGUUUCCAGCAUUUACUUUCGUUGGACUUGUAGAAUCACUCUCCAAUAGAGGAACGAUGCAAGCGAUUAGAAGGGGAUAUUGGACUCUGCUGACUUUUGCUUUAAGUGCUGUUUUCGCAGGAGCUGUCCCAGAGUGUCCUGUUGAGAUCAGCCCUCAGAGAGCUGUGGUGAAAUAUGGGGACCCAGUGACAGUGAACUGCACUGCAACACAGAUACCCAGAGGAAUGGGCUGGGAGGCUACAGUUGGGUCUACAGGCAUGAAAGCAGAUGUCCAGUCUGUCACCUGGAAUGUCAGCAGUCUGACUGAUUGGACUGCAGAGCCUAAGUGCUACGGAAACUUCCUUACUGAGCCCAAGCAGUGCAGGAAGAAUCUCAACAUCAGUUUGUACAAGUACCCGGACAGUGUCUCUCUCAGCCCAGUGGAUCAGAUGGUGGAGGGGAGACAGUACCAGCUGCAGUGUGAGGUCCAGAACAUCGCUCCUGUUCAGUACCUCACUUUGAACUGGUACAGAGGACAGACACUGAUUCACAGUCAGGACUUUUUUACCAACACUACUAGAACACCUGUGAAUGUGUCUGCGACCCUCCUGAUCACCCCUGACAGAGUUGACAAUGGACAGCCGUUCACCUGUGAGGCAGAGCUCAACCUGGGACCAGAAGGACCACAGCCCCCUCCUGCAAAGCAGUCUGAUCCUCUUCGCAUCGCUGUGCUGUAUAAGCCACGUUUUCUCAUCUCAGGGAAUGAGAGGGUUAAAAUUGAGAAAGGCAAGGACCUUCUCCUAAGCUGCAAAACCAGCGCUAAUCCUCUUCCUACAUUCAAGUGGAAGACUCCCGCCGGUGUCGAUGACAACAGAAAGGAGGGUGACCAGUUGUUUCAGGCACCAGCUGUUCCUGGAGACUACGAGUGCAUUGUGGAAAACCAGAUAGGGAGCAUUUCUAAGAUAUUCUCAGUGGAGAAAAUUCCAGAUAAGACGGUCUUCUGGAGUAUCAUUGGAGCUGGAAUUGUGGUGAUUGUUGGGCUGAUUGUGGGAUAUGCAUUCAAAAGAUACAGAGGCAAUAAGAACUCUGUUAUCUGAGCAGCAGUGUCCAGGAAGAUUGGAACGCCCUGUGCUACAGUGGAAAAGGACCUGGUCUGAAACCUGCAGAUUGGAUAAUCCCGGAUGUAUUUCUUACUUUCUCUCCUCUCAGCCGCCAUGGCUUUUAACACAGAAGUAGAUGGGUUGCUGUUACCAAUGGUCUGACCACACUGAUCCUUAUGAGUCCCAAGAUGGCACAUUGUAGAGGUGACCAUUACAUCAUCAAUUUUAGGAAGACUGGGAACAGUUCAGUUGGGUUGAUUUAAACAGGUUAUUGGCUGAAUUAAUCCCAAGAUCUGGAACAAAGAUCUGACUAUCUUUCAGUUCUUGUUUGGGCGGCAGAGCUCUCUUAAUUGAAUGAAAUUCUCUCCUAACGCUAAAGCAAGUGUUCUCCAUCUUUAGAAACAGGGGUCCUGGUAUACGGGUCUUAUUUUCACCCCUGCACCUUUCUCCUCUCUCGGCAGGGAUGGCUUCUUUUCACUUCCCCUUGUGCCCAUCGUAAUGAAUGUGUGUACACCUAUGAAAUCUCCAGGGGUCUAACUUGGCAUUACAAAGGCAGCUAAACUGACCAGUACAGUAUAUUAUAAAAAGACAAAAGUAGAGUGAGGCUUCGGGAAUCUGGAGGUUAAAUACAGGUUAAGCAUGCCUUUUUUUCUGUUUGCACUCAAAAUACUGAAACGGAACACUGACCCUUGAGUUAUGCAAGAGGUUUCCUUUAAAAUUACAUAAUCCUACUGAAAGCUGACAGUUUUGCGAAGGGGCAUGUCUGGAUUCUAGCAGGCCCAGGCAGCACUUACCAUCGUGAAGUGUUAGCUGUACAGCACAUCCAGCUGCUUCCAGCUGCAUUGACCACCUUCGGACUCUUGACACGUGUGAAAAAUUGGGCUGUUCAAACAUUUGCUUUUAGGGGUGAGGAGUGGCGAUACUAUAGUGGGGCAGUAGUUAGCAUUGCUGCCUUGCAGCACUGGAACCCUGGGAUCAAUUCCUAUGGUGCUAUUUGUGUGGAGUUUGCAUGUUCUUCCCACAUUCACAUUGGUCUCCUCCAGGAGUUCCAAUUUCCUCUCACGGCGUGAAUAUGGGUAGGUUAAUGGAAUUCUGGGACAACUGGCCCUGGUGUGAGUUUAUGUGUGUGUGUGUGCCCUGGCUUGGUCUGGUGUCCUGGCCAGGGUCUAUCCUGCCUUCUAUCCGUUGCUUGCUGGGAUUGACUCCAGCUCUCCAGCAACUCUACACUGGAUAAAACAAUUAGAAAAUUGAUGUAAGGAAGGUGAUGGUACUUUGUGUGCUUGUAAAACACCACCACAAAUCUUCCAACGAAAAGGAACAAACAUAAAUGUAAUGAUGGUUCAUUUUCAGAAGUAAAGUCAGAAGGCCCUCAUGGGUGACAAAUGUCACUUUGCAUUUUAAAUAUUGUUUUCCCUGUGACAUUUAAAACAAAAUCUGAUCUCGGAGUUAAAAUGCCUCGCUACUUACACAAUCCCUGUGGUUAAAGCCAAAGAUAAGGGUUGACAUAUUGUAACACCAGCCUUUUUUAUUCUGAUACUUUCUUGUUUUCCUUUAGUUUGUUAAAAUUAUAUUUUUUACCUUUUUUUAAAGAAAUAUAUUUUUGGAAAAUUGUUCAAAAUCGGAUGGUUGGCAGCAAGCUGUCUUUUCUGUGUUAGACUGUGGAGUAAAAACUGGGUUAAGAGGAAGACUACACUAAUUCAAGAUUAAAAAAUCAAUCAUUUUAAUUCAGUGAGGCUACAGCAUGAUGAGCGGACUCCUUCUCUGUGGCACAUAGGACAUUAGAUGUCAUUCUGAUACUGUUAAACAUGAACUUGAAGUUUUGAAUGCACUGUAAUGAGUUUUAAAAAAACCAUGUUCAGCUGUUGCCUUUGAUUUUUUGCAGAUUUUUUUUAUAUUUUGAGCAAUCGGUGUAAUCCUUAAAUUGUUUGAAUGCAUUGCUACAAAAGUCAUUUUUAACACACAAGGGCAUGGCUUUCAUUUUUAUUUAUUUAACUGUGUGCAUUUGUUUUUGAUCUGAUCUCAUGAUCUGCUGCCCAGGGGAAGCAGACUCGUCUUUACCCUGUAAAAUAUAAUCGAUGCUUAUGUUUCCCCCCCCCACUCAUUGAAUGGUUGUUUCCUAUAGCAAAACUGUCCCCACUGGGCUGACAGGUUAAGAAACUCAAGUGCUCAACGCAUUCCGGCAUCCAGUCAGUCAUUUUCCAGGCUGUGUGCAACCUCUACCGUUUCUAAAACUGACUGGCUUGGGAAGACUGGAAAAAAAACCCCACAGGAGUGAAAGGAGACCAGGUGGAAACUAGCCAGCUCAUGGAUGCAGAUCCAGAUGUUGGCCGGAGGUUCGCCAGGAAUUGGCUGAGCUGAGGUGUCGGAGUGGAGUGCAGGAGGAAAGCGCCCAGCUCCUGGAGCACCUGAGUUAUCUUUCUCCCUGCGGUUGCUUUAAUGUCCAAGAUUGCUGCAGCAUGAAUGUUGACUUUGGAGGACGGAGUGCAUAGAGAGAGCUGACGGAGCACUGUCAGGGCGUGAUCCACAAAUAAAGACCAAAACUGAAAACCCCAAAAAUGUGGUUGACUCAUUACAA